CCUAGGGGAAACACUGCUAGUGAUAUUAAAAACAUAUUUUUACGUUGUUAAGAUAUAAAUGUUUAACAGGAAGAGGUAAACAAUGUGCCGAGGCCUUUCCACACAUUCAUGUAAUAUGUCGUGAAUAAUGUUCUCCAGAAAUCCACGGAUGACAUGAUCUCUACAUCUUUCAUUUUUCCUAUGAAAGGAGUGAUCGUGAUCUGAGGGGAGAGGUUGUUUCUGUCCAGGUAAACAGAUUCAGAUAAUAACUGUUGAAACAUUUAGAUUUACACAUCUUUGAUAUGAUGAUGAUGCUGCUGUUUGUUUUGAACCUCCUGGUGUUCUGGCAGUUAAACUCAAAGAUGUCCUGGAGCAAAAUCUACGUUGUGCCAAGCACUACAGCUCAAGACAUGUCUGUUUGUUACCAGCAGAAUCAUGCGAUCAGGCGUGGAGUUCACAGGAAAGGCUGUGUACAUGGAUGUCUCAAUACUUCAGGUGUGUCAUCAUCUCUGUGGGAAAACUUCUCCUUUUUGAUCGAGAUGGCUCCUCUGUACCUCAGCUCAGGAAUGCAUCUGACAGGGUAUAAAUAAUCUGACCCACGUCUAGACUGAACACUCCAGCCGGAGGGGAAGAAGACUCGCACACGACUCCGCUAACCUACGAGACUUUCUCAGAUUGCAGAAAUGGCCUCAGAGCUCAUGAACGUUGCUGCCCUCGGUCGACCUUUCACCCUGGGAAUGCUGUACGAUGCUCGGAAAGAUGCACUGAUCCCAGGUUUGACUUUGUGGAACGAUAAAACUCUGCAGGAGAAAACCGUCGAAAGCUCCCAGCGUAGCAGCUCCUUUCAAAUUUCUACGUCCGACUCCAUCGAGUCCAAGUCCUCUCUGCUGGACAUCGAUGCGUCUCUGAAGGCCAGUUUCAUGAGCGGACUGGUUAACGUUGAAGGAUCUGCCAAGUUUAUGAAGAGUACGAAGCAUUCCAAGAAGGACAGCCGAGUGACCUUUCAGUACAACGCCACCACCCACUUCAGACAGCUGUACAUGGCUGACAUGAUGACCCUGGAUACUCAGCAGACAGACCUCCUUAAGAAGGGCACUGCGACACAUGUGGUCACUGGCAUCCUCUACGGGGCACAUGCCUUCUUUGUGUUUGACAGUGAGAAUUCAGACAACGAGAGCUCUCAGGACAUCAGCGGCCAUAUGAGGGCUGUGAUCAAUAAGAUCCCCUCUUUCAACGUCGAGGGGGAGGUCAACAUAAAGCUGACCGAUGAAGAAAAAGCCCUCACUGACAAAUUCUCCUGCAAAUUCUACGGUGACCUUCUUCUCAAGAGCAACCCUGCAUCAUUCACAGAGGCAGUGAAGACCUAUGUGGAACUUCCAACGCUGCUGGGAGAAAAGGGAGAGUACUGUGUCCCCCUGAAGGUCUGGCUGAUGCCCCUGAAGGAUCUGGAUCCCAGUGCUGUUGAGCUGAGCAGUGGGAUCAGUCUGGAACUUGUGAUGGAGGUGAAUGAUGCUCUGGAAGACUUGAGAGGAAUAGGAAUGAGAUGCAAUGACGCUCUUGCCGACUCAGUGGUGGAGCGCCUUCCACAAAUUCAAAAGAAGCUGCACCGUUUCCAAGAACUGUGCAAGUAUUAUGAAACCCACCUCAAGAAGACCAUGGCCAAGAAAUUACCACUCAUACGAGGCGGUACGGAAGAGGAAGGGCCGGUGAUGCAGAUCUUUGAAAAGAGAGCAAAGUCCCCCUUCAGUUCAGAACAACUCAACAAGUGGAUGGAUGACACAGAGAGAGAGAUCAACGUGGUCUGGUCCUGCUUAGCUAUCCUGAAGGGAGCCAGGAUCCUCCCAAACCGGUCUGAGCUAGACAGAGUAAUUCUUGAUCCACAAUCAAAGCUAGGGGUAUGCUUUGCUUUCACCUCCCUGGACCUUCCUGACCCCCGCUUGGAUGCAAUGUCCAGCUUCUUGGAUUCAGUGAAAACCGUAACCACCAACGAAGUCCCAUGGUACUAUUCAGAGAAGACUGUUGAGUUAAUGAGAAAACUAGCAGAGGCCGCUACUUUCUUCAAGUCUGACCUCAGACUUGUAUCGGUCAUUGCAAAUGAAGCAUUGACAGGAGCAUGCGUGUACUAUUAUAAAGAUGGUAAACUAGGUCAUCCCGUGAUCCUCCCUGAAUUAAUGGAAACACACAAAGAGGACUUAACCUUGCCAGACAACCAACAUCGCCCUCUGGACUUUGAGCGCUUCAUUCAGCCUGAGGGAAACAGGAAGUGAUGUCACCUCUGCACCAUCCGCACCACUUUCUCUGACCCCGCCUCCUCCGUUUCAGGGGAGUCCACCUAUGCGGUUCUUGUCCCAGUAAUCUUGUGUACCAGGGAUGUUAUUUACCUUGAACACAUGAGGUCGAGGAUGCUGCGGUCCCCCUCUAUCUCUCUGUAAUGACGCCUCAUAUCAGUAAUCAUUAGCUUCACAUUCAACAGUCUUUAGUUCAGAAUCUAUUGUAACUUGUUCGGGGAAAUGUUUGGUGAUUUUGGUAUCAGGGAAGUGUUUCUGUUGAUUUUGUUGUGAGCAUGUGUUUUAUUUUGGCGGGGUAACAUUAGAGCAUGUUUUAUUUCCUUUAAAUCAGCUGAUUUUAAGUGUAAUGAGUCAAUGAGGGAUCUGUGGGUAUGGUGUGCAUGCUUUGGUUGUUUUUUGAUGAUUUGGCGCCACCUGCAGGCUCUCUAUUAAAGUGUGCAGGAGAGAACUGUAUCUCUGUUUCUAUCAUUUAUCAAUAAAUGGAAAUGUCUUGAAAUCAA